GUGCAGUGUCACGCCAUGAAGCAGGACGGCGCGUCCCGCCGCCGCGGCGACAAGGCCAAGGCACCCCCGGAGGGACCCCCGCCCGCCCCCCCCGACGUCGAGAUGCAUGAAGAGGCGGCGCCGGCGGCCCCCGAGGCGGCCGGAGAGCGACAGCCCCAGCGGGAGCUGGACGCGAUCACGCUGGAGGACAUAAAGGAGCACGUGAAGCAGCUGGAGAAGGCGGUGUCAGGGAAGGAGCCACGCUACGUCCUGCGGGCACUGCGGGCUCUGCCCUCCACCUCCCGCCGCCUCAACCCCAACGUGCUGCACAAGGCCAUCCAUGGCUUCUUCACCUCCAACUGCACUGUCAGGGACUUCCUGCUCGGAUUCCUGGAGGAGUCCAUGGACACAGAAGCUGAGCUGCAGUUCCGCCCACGGACAGGGAAAGCAGCCUCAGCCCCUCUCCUGCCAGAGGUGGAGGCCUACCUGCAGCUGCUCCUCGUUAUCUACCUGAUGAACAGCAAGAGGUACCCUGAGGCUCAGAAAGUGUCCGAUGACCUGAUGCAGAAGAUCAGCUCCCAGAACCGCCGGGCCCUGGACCUGGUGGUGGCCAAGUGUUACUAUUACCACUCCCGCAUCUACGAAUUCCUGAACAAACUCGAUGUGGUCCGGAGCUUCCUGCACGCCCGGCUCCGCACAGCCACGCUGCGCCACGACGCCGACGGCCAGGCCACGCUCCUGAACCUGCUCCUGAGGAAUUAUCUCCACUACAACCUCUACGACCAGGCCGAGAAGCUCGUCUCCAAGUCUGUGUUCCCCGAGCAGGCCAACAACAACGAGUGGGCUCGGUACCUGUACUACACAGGGCGGAUCAAGGCCAUCCAGCUGGAAUACUCGGAGGCACGGCGGACCAUGACCAACGCCCUGCGCAAGGCCCCGCAGCACACGGCCGUGGGCUUCAAGCAGACGGUGCACAAGCUGCUCAUCGUGGUGGAGCUGCUCCUCGGAGAGAUCCCAGACAGGCUCCAGUUCCGGCAGCCCUCGCUCAAGCGCUCGCUCAUGCCCUACUUCCUGCUGACCCAGGCCGUCAGGACGGGGAACCUGGCCAAGUUCAACCAAGUCCUUGACCAGUUUGGGGACAAGUUCCAGGCCGAUGGCACCUACACUUUGAUCAUUCGGCUGAGGCACAACGUCAUCAAGACAGGUGUCCGCAUGAUCAGCCUGUCCUACUCCCGCAUCUCCCUGGCUGACAUUGCCCAGAAGCUGCAGCUGGACAGCCCCGAGGAUGCAGAGUUCAUCGUUGCCAAGGCCAUCCGGGACGGCGUGAUUGAGGCCAGCAUCAACCAUGAGAAGGGCUACGUGCAGUCCAAGGAGAUGAUCGACAUCUACUCCACAAGGGAGCCCCAGCUGGCCUUCCACCAGCGCAUCUCCUUCUGCCUCGACAUCCACAACAUGUCUGUGAAGGCCAUGAGGUUCCCACCCAAAUCUUACAAUAAGGACUUGGAAUCUGCAGAGGUGAGAUCUCACCAAGGUCUCUGCAGCCACCACCAUCAUGGGAAGGAUGUGGCUUCUGUCCCCAUCUGCCACCAACCUCGGCCUUUUCUUUCCAGGAGCGCCGGGAGCGUGAGCAGCAGGACCUGGAGUUCGCCAAGGAGAUGGCAGAGGACGAUGACGACGGUUUUCCGUGACCCUGGGCCCUGGCUGUGCUUUUUUAUUUGUCCCUUGGACAGAUGGUGGCUGAGCAGGGCCCUCCGUCCCCCCCCCCAGACCCCCUUUUAUAAAUCCCUGCAUGUCUGUACUGUGGGAGGGGACACGGGGGGGUUCCCUGGGCCCAUACCCCCUGACCACCUGUGCUUGUGGUGGGAUCCCCCUCCCCAGUAAACAUCCUUAAAAGGAUCCCUGUGGUGACAUCAGAGCCUGUGCCAGGGGGGCUUCAAAGGGAGCAGGGCUGGAAGGAGCAGGAGUGGGGUCUCUACUGGUGCCCCCACAGCUCCUAUGACAACAAUGGGGUCAAACUUUGUUAAACUUCAAUUAUGACUUUUAAAAUAAAAGAUGGAAAAACA